AUGGCGACGGUUCCUGAUCCUCGCGGACAACAUUUUGUUACGUGUGAAAGCUGUGAAGACAAUGUCCAGUUCUACUGCAGACCGUGCAAAAUACGACUUUGUGUUAAAUGUGUGUCCCCUCAUCUGGAAACUAACGCACCGGACCAUAAUAUUAUAUAUUAUCACAAACGAUUUGAUACGCCAACUAAAUAUUUUUACGACCCAUUCACUAUAAGAAAAAUACCUGGUGGAAAUCAAACGAUGCACUGCAUUAAAUAUGCCGGCAAUGACCAGAUAUAUUAUUGUUCGCAAGGGUCGUUCGAUAUUGAACUUUUUCUUACAGAUGGGACUUCAGUUUACACUUUCUCAUCACAAAGCUUGCCUAGCCAUUUGACCCCAUAUGAGGACGGUGUGUUGUACACAGUCGCUGAAGAAAUUAGAAAAAUCAAUUUUGAAGGAGAUGAAACAUUUUUACACAUUGAUGGAUGGCUGAGAGGUAUUGAAUUUGUAGAACCUAAUUUCAUAUUUUUCUGCAACUCUUCCAAAGUUGAAAAGUACACGACUGGGGGAGAAAGGCUUUUAAAAAUUAAAUACAACGACCAAGGACAGCCGAUAUAUAGUUCAAUCAAUAGAAAUGGGGAUAUCUGUGUGUCUGAGUACGAUGCCACCGGCUACGACGACCCUGUAGUUACUGUGGUUGAUGAGUUUGGGAAAUACCGGUUUUCAUAUUAUCCAGAUCCUUCCUCUUGGCCAAUGGAUCUCUGUUGUGACUCAUGUUGCCACAUCAUCAUAGCUUCUAGCACAAUACACGUGAUAGGUAAAUAUGGAAACUUCCUCAGAUACCUAGCUUAUGAUGGGAUUAAACAUCCUUGUUCUGUGACUAUUGAUAGUGAAGACAAUCUGUUUGUUUCUGAAAUGUCCGAUGGGCACAUAAGAAUGGUGCAAUAUCUGUACAAACCAGUUCUUAAAAGUAAUAAUUCAUAG